AAUUUGCGUAGCGUUUUUUAUAUUGACGUUAUCAUUUCAAUGUCGUGAGUCGGUGUCGCUUAUGCGUUAUGUAAAUGUUUGAUAUGAGUAUUAGUUGUCAAUCUAUAACAGGUUUCCCUGUACCAAACGAAACUCAAACUGGAACCUGAUGUACACGGAUCAGUAACGAUACAAUACUUUCCAACACUACUGAUAUACAAAUUUAAGUGGCUUGUUAAUUUGAACAGUGUUGUGUUCUUUCGAUGUAUUCUAUGUUGUAUGACAUGUGUAUGUAGUUUAAAAACGAUGAUAAAAAAAAUAUUUCUUUGAGCUAAUGUUGAACACAAAUGGAACGAAGCAUGGAAUUAAUGUAAAUUUCAUAAUUAAAACCACCGUUUUUAAAAUACACUAACUGUACAAUCAAUGUAAAUAAAUAAGAAACUUAUCGAUAAUUUUGACGGUCUAUACAAAUUCAAGAAAUCCGUAUAACCUAUCAGUUUAUAAAUUCAUUCAAUUUUCAAUUUUCUUCAUACUUAAUGAAAGAAAUUAAAAUUUUGAUUGUCUUUAUUAACAUUGUGACUUUCCAACGUUUGUUUUGGAUUUUCUGUCUUUCUGCACUCAAUAUUUUUCUGUAUCCCUAAAAAUCGAUCUGGAUGUAUCGUCACCCAUGUUUGUCUUAUUUUUCAAAUUUCUUACAUUAUUUAUCUCAUUCACAUUUCAACCGAGGCAUGUCACUUUUUGAAGCAUUUGUGAUUCAUUAGUGAUGAAAUCAUAAUUAUGAAAAUAAUCUCUCCCUAUAGACAUCCAUCCAGAUCCACAGUUCAUAGUACACUUGUUCAUUUCUAAUGUUAUUUUCUGCCCCUGGCACCUGGACUAAAGGAAGUACAAGUAAUGAGUACAAAAUUGAUAAAUUGCGCACGUGUUUUGAGUCUUGUGUAGAAAGAAGACCCUACACCUGGCCUGAGACAACCUUAUUGAAAUCCUAAUGUUGUCAUUGUUAAGACCACAGUAGUUUGAACUAGCAAAUAGAAUAGUGUGAAAAGUAAUGUAGUUAAAUCCCGUGGUCCAACUAAAAUCAUUAAUAAUCAUAAAAAUAAUAAACAUGACAACGCAGGAUAAAAAGCUAAUAUUACACUGCCUAAAUAUACUAAGCUUGAUUUUGAACAAAAUGUAGUAAUGAAAAUCAUAGUACCUGCUAACGUAACACCUAAGCCAGAAUAGUUUAGCAAUUAGCAUUAAAAAGUAGAAUAACAGCAUAAUCAAUAUUUUAAAGAUAUAUCAAAGAGCUUUAUAAAAUAGGCUUUAAAAUACCACUGCUUACCUAUUCUAAAACAUUAUCUUAUUUAACUUUUUGUGAUUUAAGUUCAUCUUAUGUUUUCAUCAUUCCUCCUUCUUACCUUAUUCUCGUAGGAAGAAAGUAGGUUUGACCAAUAAAAUAAUAAUAUUAAAGUUACUAGCUUCGAGCUUAAGGGCUUCGCUUAUAUAAAUGUAUAUAUUUUAGGGCUAAAUGUAAAAUUACACGUUUUUAAAUAUCUGCAAAACAAUCUGUCAAUUUUAUGUAAUCUAUUUUAUCAUUCGUCACCAUUAUCAAAUUAUUCACCUUAGCUUAAGGACUAAACUUCAAAAUGCAUAUAUACAUAAUUAGCAACAUAGAAAAAAAACUGCUUUAAGCGUGCUUUUUGAAGUUUGUCCAGUAGAACGGUAUGUACUCUAGCAGUAAAAUUAGUAAAAUUUCCCUUUUGUCGUGCUUAAUCAUUCUUGGUAUCGGUGAUGGUUCCAUUAUGUAUGCCACCAUGUAUUUAUAUCCUUAAUAUGAAUGUCUGGCCGACUGAUCUUGCUUGGGGCUUGAAUAUAAUAUCCUUAAUUUAUUCAUAAACCCUAUGUUGUGUGAAAAACUAAUAUAAUCGAAUUCCUAUUAUUAUAUCGUCUAUGUAUAUCAUCAAUUUUAUGUCAAAUACCUAUAUUCCCCUUAUUGGAAAUGUUAUUAAUUGUGAUUGUAUUCUUUAACAUGUAUUACAUUCAAUAUAUUAUUAAAAAACAUCUAUUAUAAUUGUUAUUUGUAUGCCUAAAUUUGGUGAUUGGUUUUUGUCAAUAUACUUACAUGUGGUUGUUCUUGUGGGUUACUUAAAAAAUGAUUGGUGGUUGUUAACUUUGCGAUGGAGAAAAGAUCGAAUGCCGGACCAGAUCCGAGUCCAAGGUUGAGUAAGCAGCUAUGUUUCAGAUCGCAAGGGUCUCUGGCCAACAAACUGACUGGUGAGGCAGAUGGAGGCGAUGUCGACACACAGCUAACGAAAAUGGAUGUUGUAUUGACAUUCCAGAUAGAGGUGGUUGUGAUGGAGGUGAAAGGUCUUAAAUCUUUAGCACCUAAUCGAAUAGUUUAUUGUACCAUGGAAGUUGAGGGUGGUGAUAAACUGCAGACUGACCAAGCUGAAGCAUCUAAACCUAUGUGGGAUACCCAAGGUGACUUUAGCACAACACAGCCAUUACCAGCGGUAAAAGUUAAGUUGUAUACGGAAAACCCCGGAGUGUUAGCAUUAGAAGAUAAGGAACUUGGAAAAGUGGUAUUAAGACCAACGCCGCUUUCCAGUAAGGCACCCGAAUGGCAUCGGAUGAACGUGCCAAAGAACUUACCUGAUCAGGACUUAAGAAUCAAAAUUGCUUGCCGUAUGGAUAAACCACUGAACAUGAAACAUUGUGGAUACCUCCAUGUAAUAGGCAAAAACGUUUGGCGUAAAUGGAAACGUCGAUACAUGGUCCUUGUCCAAGUGAGCCAGUACACUUUUGCGCUCUGUUCGUACAAGGACAAGAAAUCAGAGCCUGCGGAGAUGAUGCAAUUGGAUGGAUUUACUGUUGAUUACAUCGAACUUGCCAGUGCUCAGCUGAUUGUAGGACAAGGUAAGACCAAACAAAUAGAACUGGAAGGUGCAAAGUAUUUCAUGAACGCUGUUAGAGAUGGAGAAUCGGUUUUGAUGGGAGUGACUGAUGAGAAUGAAUGCCAUUUAUGGGUGAUGGCAUUGUACAGAGCUACUGGACAGAGUCAUAAACCUACACCACCUACGACGUCGGAUACGCAUCACAAAAUUAUGGGAGAUGCAGAUAAAGCUCGUAAACACGGUAUGGAGGAUUACAUCCAAGCAGACCCAUGUCAGUUUGAUCACCAUCAACUGUUCUGCACACUACAAUCUCUGACUUUAAAGUACCGUCUUCAGGACCCAUAUUGCUCAUUGGGUUGGUUCUCUCCCGGUCAAGUGUUCGUUUUAGACGAGUACUGUGCAAGAUAUGGAGUGAGAGGCUGUUACCGCCACCUUUGUUAUCUAUCAGACCUCCUUGACGUAGCCGAGAGCGGUUCACAAACAGUUGACCCAACUCUUAUGCAUUAUUCUUUCGCAUUUUGUGCGAGUCAUGUGCAUGGAAACAGUACAGCCACGUUGACUGGCAGGCCCGACGGCGUGGGCAGCAUCACGGUCCAAGAGAAAGAAAAGUUUGCUGAGAUAAAGGACCGUCUGAAGUCCCUGCUGCAGCACCAGAUCACUAACUUUAGAUACGCGUUCCCGUUCGGAAGGCCGGAGGGGGCUUUGAAGGCCACUUUAUCACUAUUGGAACGCGUUCUAAUGAAAGAUGUAGUGACACCGGUUGCGCCUGAAGAAGUACGCGCAAUGAUACAGACAAGCUUGGAAAACGCAGCUCUAUUGAACUACACUCAGCUUAGUCAGAAAGCAAAUAUUGAAGAGGACUUAAGAGGUGAAACGAUGGUAACACCUGCGAAAAAACUGGAGGACCUGAUUCAUCUUGCAGAACUUUGUGUAGAUCUCUUGCAACAAAAUGAAGAACACUAUGCAGAGGUUUAUAACACAAAACCGGACUCUAGCGGUCAACAAAAUGCGUUCGCGUGGUUCUCUGAACUGCUAGUAGAACAUGCUGAAAUCUUCUGGGCCCUAUUUGGCGUCGACAUGGAUCGGGUGCUAGCAGAGCAGCCACCAGACACUUGGGAUUCUUUCCCAUUGUUCCAGAUUUUAAACGACUACCUCAGGACCGACGAAAACUUGAAAGGUGGUAGAUUCCACGAACACUUAAGGGAUACAUUUGCGCCCCUGGUGGUGCGAUACGUAGACCUCAUGGAGUCUUCGAUUGCUCAAUCAUUACACAAAGGAUUUGAGAAGGAGCGAUGGGAGAUCAAAGGAAACGGUUGUGCCACUAGUGAAGAGUUGUUUUGGAAGUUAGAUGCCUUGCAGUGCUUCAUAAGAGAUCUCCAUUGGCCUGAGCCUGAGUUCAGGUCCCAUCUGGAGCAACGACUGAAGCUAAUGGCCAGCGAUAUGAUGGAGACUUGCAUCCAAAGAACUGAGGCAUCUUUUCAGUCGUGGCUGAAGAAAAGUGUCACCUUCAUGUCGACGGAUUACAUACUUCCAGCUGAAACAUGCGCGAUGGUGAACGUCGCAUUGGACGCGAAGAACCAGGCACUGAAGCUUUGCGCCGUUGAAGGGUAUCAGUAUCACACCAAAAUGGACGCUCAGAUCGAGGCGUGCCUACAAGCAAUGGCGACGGGCAUGACUACGCGGUUGUCAGCCGUACUCGAAGCUACAUUGGCCAAAAUUGCCCGUUUCGAUGAAGGAAGUUUAAUAGGUUCAAUUCUAACUAUAGCAAAUGUUUCGGGCUCCGGCAAAGACAUCGGUCAGGGCUACGUCAAUUUUAUGAGGAACUCAAUGGACCAAAUCAGAUCGAAGGUGACAGACGAACUGUGGAUUCUACAAUUGUUUGAGCACUGGUACGGCAUCCAGGUGGGGCUCAUCAACACUUGGCUGGGGGAGCGGCCCGCCCUUCAUCCUCAACAAGUGGCCUGCCUCUCUAUCAUACUGAAGAAAAUGUACAGCGACUUCGAGCUGCAAGGUGUGAUAGAUGACAAACUCAACUCCAAGGUGUACCAGAAUGUGGCAGCGCGGAUGCACACCGAAGAAGCUACCUGCAGUCUUCUGCUGGCUCAGCAAGAUACAGGUGGUGGUGAUGACGGGGGCUCGGAGGAGGGCUCCAGGAGCGGCAAGUCGAAAUUAGAGUCGCUCACGGAGGACGCCAAACUGGGCAAUGUCACGGCGGUUGUCGGGAAGGUCGGCAACAUCUUCGGUCGCGGCAUCGGCGAGCUGUCGACGAAGCUCGGCGGAGCCUCAUCUUGGUUUUAGCGCAUUUCAAACCCUCACAAAAUUCACUUUUAUGUCAACAUACCUUACUUUGCCUAUAUCGAUGUACUGAGAUGAAAUUUUCAAACAGCUCUUUGUUUUUGCAUUAACAUAAUACUUUAAAAAAGAAAAGACAUGUAAGUAGAUGUCAAUGCAAUAGCAAAAAGCUUUUAAACUGUUCUGUGAUGAAGAAACCUUCUUUUGCAUUCGAUUACAUUCUAGAAUGUCAGCCAUUUUAAGAAUAGAUAAUCGAAAUAAAGGCGUUACGCGCUAGUUUAAAUGUAAGUGGCCAGUUUACGCAUAGCUUAGUGUGAUUACUAAUUAGAAUAAACAAGGUGUAGAUUUUAUUUUAUAAAAGCUUUAUGUACAGUUAGGGUCAUCAUUUAUUUAUUGGAACAAAUAACAUGUAAUAAAUGUUAAGAGUAGUAUUUGAUAUCACGAUGAAAUAUGGUAAUAAAAUAUUAUAUAUAAAUGCAUACAUUAACACAAUGCUACAAUAAUAAAACAUAUCGCUUUGGCAAAUUUAUUAUGUUGUGUGUUGUAAUAUGACGACGGGAAUAUUAUUAUUUACAAAUAUAUAAAGAGAAGUAUUGUAAUUAAUGAUUAAUAUAAUGGGAGGAACGUGAAUGAUUGUUGGGCGUAUGUAAUCCUUAUUCGAUUCCUUGCAAAAUUUUGUUUGUUAAAACUUUUUAAAUAUUGUUAUAUUUAUCACUCUUAAAUCUAUUUCAUUGUUAGACGUGUGUGUCGUCAUGAUUCGUGUGUCGACGUUGAAUCACUUCCAUUUUACCAACAUAACGAGUAACACAGAAGCACUUAUAUAACUAGUUCCAAAAAAAUGCAAAUUUUUCAUUCAUCUCUUUCUAUGCAGAAGCAAUAUUUUUCUAAAUAAUACAAUCCACUUUUUAAAAAUCGGUUUGAUCUCCUAUUUAAAUUGAUACGGUGCAUUUUCAUAAAAAUUAAACAAGGGCGCGAAAAUACGCAACUUAUUUUUCGAUCAUAAAAUGUUGCCAUUAAUAAUUAUAACUGACCCAGUUUUUUGGGAAAUAAUUUUUAUAAAAAUGCACAUUUAAAUUAGCCACUUAUUGCUGUAGUAAUAAUUCUCUACUAUAUUUUAAUGCUCUGUAGAUCUAGUAACGUCUUACCUUGACUAGUAUCAAAUAAUAACUAUUUAUAAAAAAGUACUAUAUAGUUAUAUUUGUUAACAAAAUAAUAUUCUUCUACGCUAAACACCUUACAAAUUUUUGAACUAGAAAGUUUAAAUUUCUUAGAUAAAUAAUAAGUCAAUAAAAGAGCGAUUAGUCGCUAAGCUGAGUCGCCUUAAAUUGUCUUGUUGGAAAUGGCUAAGAAAUAGUACAGAUUGUGCGAGAACAACUCUAAUACUUUAUUUGUACAAAUGUUUAUUAACACCUUAUUUACUCUUGGAAAUUAACCUUUACGUGAAUGUUCAAUCAACCAAGCAUCCCCACCCUUUCAAUCUUACUGUCAUACUAGUAUUCAUCUAAUUCAUUUUAAUAUUUAUUGACUAUUUUUACAUCUCCUUGCCUUUUUUAAAAAGAUGUUUGUAUUAUACUCGACAACGAUUUUGCAAAUUUUCGGUUUUAAUUGUACCUUUUUAAGUGUAGUAAAAUGAAAACUUUAUUUUAACAUCAUCAAAGGAAUGAUAAGGAGAUUAGUAAAUUAAUGGAUACAGAGAUUGAGCUGUUUUUGUUCACAAAUUAAACAUGAUUUAUUACUUACUUGUUGCAACAGAUAUGUUAUUUUUUUAUAAUUUUAAAAGUUUAAUAGGAACAGGGCAAAUCCCUUACAAAUAUUAUAUUUUUUAUAAUUAUACGCUAUCUUUGUUUUGCUUCAAGUUACUCGGUAGUUAAUAAGAAAAGCAAGCUGUGAUUCUAAUAGUCAUGCUAAAUCAAAAUUUUAACACACGACUCUUUGGACACCGAAAGUCGUAAAAGAAAAAAAUAUACACGAACAGUUCAAGCUCUGUGUCCUAUGCAUAACUUAAUUACAAUAUUUACAAUAGGACAUUAACAACACGGCACAGUAAUUAAAGGGAAGUAGAGCUCACUAAAUAGCAUAUUAUAGUAACUUGGUUAGAUUUAAUAUGAAUCGCAGUUUUUCUAUGCUAAAUGAUAUUUAAUAAGUAGGUAUCUUGCAAACAGUAUUUUUUUUCUUUUGGGAACAACAUUAUUUAUCUCUCAGGUAGAGCAAUACUUGUGAGAUAAAUAAUGCAAGUAAAAUUAAUGUCUAAGAAUAUGCUUUUUCAUUUGUUUCAAUACCCGAUUUACACAACAUACCUACUUAUUUACUCAUAUCAUUGAAUGAUUAUUAUAUUUGCUAUGAUAUAGGUUUCCAUAAAAGAACUACAUUAGUACCUACUUCUAAAUUGAUAUGGUAACUUUUUUAUUAUAUUUUUUUUAUUUAUGAUAAUUUAAAAUCUUACAAAUAAUUAAUUCAUUAUUUUUAUUCUGAUUUAGGUUCGUUAAAUUGUAAAAAAUAUAUAGUAACUUGAGCACUUUUAGUUUUGUUUAUCCAAAGUGAUUGAUAGUAAAGCUCAAUCGGAUUAUAAAGUCAGUUCCGUAGUGUCUAAGUGCAUUAAAAUACGAGCCGACUGAAAUGUUAUGUAGAGAUGCUUGUAUAAUUUCGCAAACGGUAGAAGGAACUCGUAAUGGCAAUUCAAAAAUGAAAUCUUAACACGUGCCUAUUCAAGUAUUAGUCAUUCAAAAUAGAAGUAAAUGAUACACUUUAGCAUGAGCUGGUGCCAUGACGAGUUUCGAUGAGUGCUUUGAGAAGCCACUGAGUGCAUCGCGAAUAUAAGGGGAUACAAUAAAAUAUUUACAAUAAAAAUGUUUACUGUU